AUGCUCCCUUCUGAGCUCAUCUGUCGAGUCUUCGAAUCUGCGACCGACUUCUCCACAGUGGUCGCCCUGGCUCAAACGGCACGUGUCUUCUACGACACCUGGCGAGAAUAUCCAACUGCCAUCUGCCGAGCUGUCAUCCCUCAUGCAAUACUGAACCUCGACGAUGCUCAGCAAUUGCUCGACAUGCAGCAGGAAGCUGAAGCUACAAGUGAAAUGGAAUGCGAUCAAAAGCAGAAGUCUAUUGUCCGAGCCAAGCGACUCCUGUCCAACGCUCGCUGUGCCUCUGCUGCUAGUAAAGAGUGGGUGCACAACAGCCGGUUUGGAGCAUACUUUGAAAGGGAAGUGAGGCCGCGCGAAAUUGCCCGGUUUGAGCAUGCCUUCUAUUGUGUUUGGGCUAUUGGUAUCAUGGGAACGACUCCACAUCUACAACACGAGGCAUCAGCGUUUCUUGAUAACUGCAGUCCACGAGAGCUGUGCAGGCUUGAAGAGCAGGCACAGUUUUCCUAUGCUUACGACAAGGAGUUUUUCGAGUCUCUAGGUCUUGCCUUCAACGGUGAAGUUUGGGAAUGUGCCCGCGAUCUAGUCCCAGAACGCUGGCAGGAGGUAGGUCGCAAUCGUUGGUGGGGCAGCAUGCGUGUCCCUAUGAGGACCACGUUUGUGGGCUUUUAUGCUUUCUAUGAUGAGACCCAGCAAUACCUUGAAAGAAUCCCAGAUGAGGUGGAUAGUACUUUCUGGGACAGAACAGAUUGA